GCCGACCAAAAGUGUGGUGUUCCUGAUCUCAUACUGGGGAGACCAAAUAGGUCAAAAAGUCAAGAAGAUCUGUGACUGCUACCACUGUCACUUGUAUCCCUACCCCAGCAGCAAUGAGGAGAGGAAUGAUGUUGUGGAGGGACUAAGAACCCGCAUUCAGGAUCUGCACACAGUUCUUCAUAGGACAGAGGACUACCUGAAACAGGUCUUGAUUAAGGCCUCUGAAUCCGUCUACACCUGGGUCAUCCAGGUCAAGAAGAUGAAGGCCAUCUACUAUAUUCUGAACCUGUGUAGUUUUGAUGUUACAAACAAGUGUCUGAUCGCAGAAGUGUGGUGUCCUGUUAAUGAUAUUCCCACGCUGCGGAGGGCGCUGGAGGAAGGAUCGAGAAAAAGCGGAGCAACAGUUCCAUCCUUUGUCAAUCGAAUCCCAACCACUGACACUCCCCCCACCCUGAUAAGGACCAACAAAUUUACCUCUGGUUUCCAGAACAUUGUAGAUGCCUAUGGAGUGGGCAGCUACAGAGAGGUUAACCCUGCUCCUUUCACAAUCAUCACAUUUCCGUUCCUGUUUGCUGUGAUGUUCGGGGACCUGGGUCAUGGCGCUAUCAUGGCUGUGUUUGCUCUCUGGAUGGUGCUGUACGAGAACAACCGCAAACUUAGAAACACCAGAAAUGAGAUCUGGAACACAUUCUUUGAGGGGCGUUAUAUCAUCCUGAUGAUGGGCCUGUUUUCCAUCUACACUGGCUUGAUAUACAAUGACUGUUUUUCAAAGUCCCUUAACAUCUUUGGUUCUGGAUGGAGUGUGAAGGCCAUGUUUAAAGAGAGGCAUUGGAAGGAAGAUGAUCUCCAUGGGAAUAGUUUUCUCACUCUGGAUCCAAAUGUUACGGGAGUUUUCAACGGACCGUACCCUCUGGGAAUUGACCCAAUUUGGAACUUAGCAACAAACCGCCUUACAUUUCUGAACUCCUAUAAGAUGAAGAUGUCAGUGAUAGUGGGCAUCAUACACAUGAGCUUUGGAGUCAUCCUCAGCACUUAUAAUCACUUGCACUUUAGAAAGGAGUACAACCUGUACUUGGUUUUCCUCCCUGAGCUCCUGUUCCUGCUGUGUCUGUUUGGCUACCUGGUUUUCAUGAUAUUCUACAAGUGGCUGGCCUUCACUGCCAAGGACUCCACAGAAGCUCCGAGCAUCCUCAUCCACUUCAUAAACAUGUUCCUCAUUCAGGGUGAUCCAGUGCAGCCCCUCUACCCAGGACAGACUGGCCUGCAGGUGUUUCUAGUGGUAAUUGCUGUUCUCUCAGUGCCUGUGUUACUCCUGGGGAAACCCAUCUACCUUUAUUGGCUUCACAAUGGAGGCCAACGCCUAGGAAUGUACAGGGUGAGAGUUUGAAAGCACAUGUCUGUCUGUGAAUGUUUGCAUACUG